AUGGCCCCCUUGCCCACCGCCAGCGCGGUGCCCGCCCCAGAAGUGGGUGCAAGGGGGCGGUUGCUGUCGAACGAUGACGGCGCUGCUGCUGAGGAACCAGUGUCGCCCGGGGCUCCUGAAGUGUCGUCCCCCGGGGCCCGAGAGAGCCGUCCUGAGGAAGCGCCCAGUGGAACGGCGCAAUCCGAUACCCCUGAGGCUGGAGCCCCCGAGGCCCCGGCGAGUCAACACGGGGCGGAGACCGAUGAUUCCAAGCUGCCCAGCAUCCCUGAGGUCACCUCCUCAGGAGCCACACAGGCCGCGCUCGUCAUUGGCAACCGCACCCAGAGCUUCGCCCGGCUCCGACCGAACUUCGAAGCACUCCGCAAGAGGAAGGGGUCUCCAAGCUGCAGCAGCCUUCAGCUGGUAGACGAGUGGCAUCGGCCGAAGGUGGCCGUCGACUUCGGGCGUCUCCAGCGCGAAUGUGCCAACGCGAAGGCCGAGGCAUCCCUUGCUACCUCGCGCGAGGCCAGCGCCCGAGCCCUGGAGGAGGCCACGAAGGCUGACCACCGCCGCGAGGCCGCAGAGAAGCGCGAACGGGAGCUCCGGGCUCUGAACGCCUCCCUGGAGCGGCAGGUCGAGGCGCGCAGGGAUGCCUUGGCAUCGAUGAAGGGGUCGCCUUCCCAAGAGGAGGAGGUCUUGAAGCGCGAGGAGGCGCUAAUGCUAGAGGCCGCGGAGCAUAGCGUCGAACUUGAACGGUUGGAGACGAGGGAGCGCCAGGUCGCCCAGGCUGACGAUGCCGUCAGCGCGCGCGAAGCCGGGAUCCAGGAGGAAGUUGGCCGUAGGGUGGCGAAAGCUCGUGCAGAUCAUGACAAUACGCAUGACCUGAAGCUGAAGAUGGUGGAGGCUGGAGCUGAGGGCAGAACCAAUACCCUCAGGUCAAGGCUGGAUGAAGUGGAGCGGCGUGAGAAGGCAGCCGCGGCGGCCUUGAUCUCCGUUCAGGCCGACCUGGCUGCCGCUCACGCCGACCUGCUUUCGCUCCAGCAGCAGGUCGGUACCGCCACGUCCCUUGUGCAACAGAGCAGGGAGGAGGCGUGUCGUCGACAGACGCUGCAGCGCGAGCACGCUCCCAUGCUCCAGGACCUCAGGGUGAGGGCCAACCGGGCGCUGGGUGCCAUCUGCGAAGAGCGCGUCCCUCAUCCCCAUGCGGAAGACUAUGCCAGUUAUCUCCGCUUCUUUACCGAUGUCGUGACGCGUUUGGAGGACUGCACCGAGAGGGCUCGCGAGCUUGUUGAGGAAAAGAGCCGAGGCCUCCUCGGGCGCGCGUUUCCCGCGUUUUCAGUCAUCUCUAGAACAUAG